AGUAAAUAAGCGUGUGAAUAUUAACGAUCUAAAGAGUGGGGACGUACGUUAUAAAAAACGACGUUUCCACACUCUCCUCCAACCAAAAGGAAUCCACCCACAUCACACCUCAACUGUUCUCCCCCCCCCCCCCCCCAUCCCAUUCCCACCCUCUCUAUAUUCUCACCAUUUUCAACUCACAACUUGAACCAAAUCCCCCUUUGCUUUCUUCUUUUGAUCAACUCGCCGGUUUCUGGGUUCCCGGCGGCGAGUGAUGGGUGUGAGCACCAGGUGUUCCCAUACUUCCCACAUCACCGAGAUCAUCAUCACCAGCUUCUUCCGCCACAAGUUUUACUAAACACCUUUUUUUCCUAGUUACAUAUAUUUUUCACAAAAUAUUUAUGGUUGAUUGAGACUUAAUUUGUCAAUAUUUCUUGUGGGUGGUGAUUUCUUUUGGUGUUGAAGCUAUGGCAGCUCGAAGCUUUCUCUUCGGUGGAUCUGUGAUGCUGACGAACAAAAGGGUUCAUUCUUCAUCUGCUGCUGAUCCCUCGUUUGUACCCCGAUCGUCUGCUUUUCAGGGUAUGCUUAGUUUCGAAGAUCAAGGGAAUGGAUCCGGGGGACAAUUUUGGCAAAACGAAGACAAUGGAGAUGAUGAAUAUGAUGAGUACUUUCACCAGCCCGAGAAGAAACGGCGGCUCACGGGUGAUCAAGUUCGGUUCCUGGAGAAAAGUUUUGAGUCGGAUAACAAGCUCGAGCCAGAACGGAAAAUUCAGCUUGCGAAAGAACUCGGUCUGCAGCCAAGACAGGUCGCGAUCUGGUUUCAGAACCGACGAGCCCGUUGGAAGAAUAAACAGCUAGAGAAGGACUAUGAUGAUCUGCAAGAAAGUUACAAUAAACUCAAAGCCAACUAUGAGGAUCUUGUUAAAGAGAAGGAGAAACUAAAAUCUGAGGUUGAAGAAUUAAGUGACAAAAUGAUGCUGCAAGAGAAGGGAACCUCGGAUUCAUCGAGUACUAAAAGCCUGUCUCAACCAAAACCAUGCCAACAUGUUGUUGAGGAAGAUGUAUCCAAAAACACGAACACGGGCUAUGGGCAAAAUGGUAAUUUCACAGAGAAAAUCAACGAGUUGAACAAUGUGGUUUACAACUCGCUCGUUGAACGGGUUGACUCAUCCUAUGUAUUUGAGCAAGAACAAAGUGAUGGAUCGUUGGAUGAAGAAAACACCUUGAGCAAGAUGUUGAUGCCUAAUGUAGACGGUUACACGCAAAAGAUCGAAAUGGACCGGAAUUCAGUGUAUCUCGGGCUCCCUGGAGAUGAUCAAGCCUUUGGUUUUUGGUCUUACUGAGUCAACUCAGUGGUAAAUAACUCAGCUGAAGUCGUUGUAACUCAGUGAUGGUGGGUUUGUGUUUUUAAGGUUUAUGUUUGUGUUUCUUCAAAAUAAGGUUAAAAAUUUGUGCUUUUGUUUUGUAAAUGUACUUGCAUUUUCUUAUAAUAAUGUAAUUCGUAAAUUAUAAUUUUGGGAUUGAGACA